AUGGCCCUGUUGACGGAGCUACUUGAGGUCACCCCAAAUGAGGCUAUAGCUGAGACACGUCAAGCAGGUGGGCCUCAUGCUUUCAGGGACCUGGUCCACUUGUACGAUCAUCUUAACGAGGCGUCGCAGGCCCUUACACGGCAGAUGGCCGAUUACAUUUCACUACUUCAGUGCUGGAUUUACGAGCACUUUCCGUCGGUCCAUCGAUGUGUCGUCGAUGAUGGUUAUGUUAAGGCUAGCCCACGUGCCUGUAGGUGGCUUACGGGUAAGGCCCAGAUGACGGGGAUUAAGGGAGCCCCGUACCGAGCACGUAUUGAUGCCCUGACAGUGACCGACGUCUAUUGGAUGUCGUAUGCUGAGCAUCAGGGAGUUCGGAGCUAUAAGUUGAUCUCCUCGUACACGGGCCAAGUCAGAUGGGGUCAGAUCAUUGUCUACAUUCGACCAGAGAGGGUGGUUCGGCAGUUUGGGUACAUUCAGACCGUUCCUCCGCCGUCGGUUCGUGAUUUGUUGACAGGUACUGAUAUAGACGACCAAUGGGUACACUUUUCAGAUCAUCUGGUGCCUACAGGGGAGCUCUGUGUAGUUCUUGGGCAGGUGGCCCCAGACUACAUGGAGUAG